CGUGGGCUCGUGACGACAUGCCCCCCGGAAUACAUUCCGAUAACUACGAGAUAGUUGUUCAGUUCUAUUUCAUACGUUGGCUGGAGGAGUUGAGGACAUCGUUCCAAUAUAAAAGUGAAAAAUGUCGGUAGUUCGAUUGCUAACAAAUGGGGUACGAUGCCAAUUCCAAAGGGCCUACUCAUCAUCAGCUCCCACAACAAAAAUGUUUAUCGAUGGCAAAUUUGUCGAAUCGAAAACAUCUGAUUUCAUCGAUCUCCAUGAUCCAGCCACGAAUGAAGUAAUUACUCGUGUUCCAAAAUGUACACAAAGUGAAAUGCAAGAAGCUGUGGACUCAGCAAAACGGGCUUAUGAAACCUGGGGCAAGACAACACCACUCACCCGCCAACAAGUUAUGUUCAAACUUCAGGCGAUCAUCAAGGCGAAUAUGGGAGAGAUUGCCAAGAAUAUUACUAAGGAACAAGGAAAAACAUUAAUUGAUGCUGAAGGCGAUGUCCUUAGAGGAUUGCAGGUUGUCGAGCACAGUUGCAGUAUUCCUUCAUUACAAAUGGGUGAAACGGUCCCAAAUGUAGCUAGGGACAUGGACACAUAUUCACUAACCUUACCUCUGGGUGUAACUGCUGGCAUUGCACCCUUCAACUUCCCCGCUAUGAUCCCUCUCUGGAUGUUCCCGGUAGCGAUUAGCUGCGGAAAUACAAUGGUCAUUAAACCUUCAGAACGUGUACCUGGUGCCACAAUGAUGAUCAUGGAGAUGCUCAAUGAAGCGGGCUGCCCACCUGGCGUGGUUAACGUUAUUCAUGGAGCACAUGAUGCAGUAAAUUUCAUUUGUGAUAACCCAACGAUCAAAGCGGUAUCAUUCGUAGGAUCAGAUCAAGCUGGAAAGUAUAUUUAUGAACGUGCUGGAAGAAACGGAAAACGUGUCCAAUGUAACAUGGGUGCGAAAAAUCAUGGAGUUGUAAUGGCAGACGCUAAUAAGGAAAAUACAUUGAAUCAACUAGCUGGAGCGGCAUUCGGAGCUGCUGGUCAAAGAUGUAUGGCAUUGUCCACAGCGGUGUUCGUUGGUGAAGCUAACAAAUGGAUCCCAGACUUAGUGGAGCGUGCUAAGCAAUUGAAGGUGAACGCUGGUCAUGUUCCCGGAGCCGAUCUUGGUCCAGUAAUCAGUCAACAAUCUAAGAAACGAAUUCAUGACUUGGUAGAAUCUGGAAUUAAAGCAGGUGCCAAAUGUGUCCUAGAUGGUCGCAACAUCACAGUACCAGGAUACGAAAACGGUUACUUCGUGGGUCCUACCAUUUUGACUGACGUGAAACCCGACAUGGAGUGCUACAAAACAGAAAUUUUCGGCCCUGUCUUAGUAUGCUUGUCCGCUGAUACCAUCGAUGAAGCAAUCCAACUGAUCAACAACAACCCUUAUGGUAAUGGCACAGCAAUCUUCACAACAAAUGGAGCUACAGCACGAAAAUUCGUUAAUGAAAUUGAUGUUGGACAAGUCGGUGUUAAUGUUCCUAUUCCAGUACCUUUGCCGAUGUUCUCAUUCACUGGAACCCGAGGAAGUUUCCUGGGUGACAACCAUUUCUACGGAAAACAAGGUGUUAAAUUCUACACACAAACGAAAACUGUAACCCAAUUGUGGCGUGAAAGUGAUGUGACCCACUCGAAGGCUGCCGUUGCUAUGCCUACAAUGAAGUAAGGGGGGUGUGUAGAAGGAGUUGAGAUGUAAUAAUAAGGAACCUGUAUGAUACGCCAUGUUUUACUAAGUCUUCCAGUACCAAGGAGUUGAUGCAUUUAUUUUUGUAAACGAUCGUUGUCGUUUUUGUAUUUCCAUUCAAAUGAAAAUAUAAUGAACGAAUUAAAUAAGAUAA